CUUCACACAGACAGCACUGACUGAACGGACAGAGAGCUUUGUGCCGAAAACUAAACCAAACCUGUGUCAGACUAAUGAAUUAAAACGGCCCACUUGAGAGAGGCCAGUAGAAGACCGUGUGGACCAUACAUCAACAAGCAUGGAGUUCCCGCAACAGCAGAAACCGGCGGGGGACGGAAAGAUCAUCUACCCUCCCGGAGUGAAGGAGAUUACUGACAAAAUCAGCAACGAUGAGGUGGUCAAACGGUUGAAGAUGGUGGUGAAAACCUACAUGGACAUGGAUCAAGACUCUGAAGAGGAGAAGCAGCAGUAUCUCGCCCUGGCACUACACCUUGCCUCAGAGUUCUUCCUCAGGAACCCCAAUAAAGACGUACGGCUACUGGUGGCUUGCUGUCUGGCAGACAUCUUCAGGAUCUAUGCUCCAGAGGCCCCCUACACGUCCCACGACAAACUCAAGGACAUCUUCCUGUUCAUCACCAGACAGCUAAAGGGGCUGGAAGACACCAAGAGCCCUCAGUUCAACAGAUACUUCUACCUGCUGGAGAACCUGGCUUGGGUGAAGUCAUACAACAUUUGCUUUGAACUGGAGGACUGCAACGAGAUCUUCAUACAGCUUUUCAAAACGCUCUUCUCUGUCAUCAAUAACAGCCAUAACCAGAAGGUGCAGAUGCACAUGAUGGACCUGAUGAGUUCCAUCAUCCUUGAGGGAGAUGGAGUCACACAGGAGCUGCUGGAUACCAUCCUCAUCAACCUCAUUCCUGCACACAAGAAUCUGAACAAGCAAGCAUAUGAUCUUGCCAAGACUCUGCUGAAGAGGACCGUCCAGACCAUAGAGACGUGCAUUGCAAACUUCUUCAAUCAGGUUUUGGUGAUGGGCAAGUCAUCAGUCAGCGACCUAUCGGAGCAUGUCUUUGAUCUCAUCCAGGAACUGUUUGCCAUCGACCCAAUGCUGCUCACUUCUGUCAUGCCACAGCUGGAAUUCAAGCUUAAGAGCAAUGAUGGCGAGGAGCGUCUAGCUGUUGUACGGUUGCUAGCCAAGUUGUUCGGGGCCAAAGACUCAGAGCUGGCCUCACAGAACAGACCACUGUGGCAGUGCUUCUUAGGACGGUUUAAUGACAUCCAUGUUCCAGUCAGGCUAGAGUGUGUAAAGUUUGCCAGCCACUGCCUCAUGAACCACCCAGACCUGGCCCGAGAUCUGACAGAGUAUCUGAAGGUGCGUUCCCAUGACCCAGAGGAAGCCAUCCGCCAUGAUGUCAUCGUCACCAUCAUCAACGCUGGGAAGAAAGACCUAAACUUGGUCAAUGACCAGCUAUUGGGCUUUGUACGGGAAAGGACCUUAGACAAGAGGUGGCGUGUACGUAAGGAAGCCAUGAUGGGCCUGGCUCAGCUUUAUAAGAAGUACUGUCUGCACCAUGAGGCCGGCAAAGAGUCUGCCCAGAAGAUCAGCUGGAUCAAAGACAAACUUCUGCACAUCUACUAUCAGAACAGCAUUGACGACAAGUUAUUAGUAGAGAAGAUCUUCGCUCAGUACAUGGUCCCUCACAGUCUUGAUACAGAGGAGAAGAUGAAGUGUCUGUACUACCUGUAUGCCUGCCUGGACACAAAUGCUGUCAAGGCCCUGAAUGAGAUGUGGAAGUGUCAGAACAUGCUCAGAGGCCUCGUCAAAGAGUUGCUGGACCUCCACAAGCUUCCAGUGUCCGAGGCCAAUAACACAGCCAUGUUUGGGAAGCUGAUGAGUAUUGCCAAGAAUCUGCCAGACGCAGGGAAGGCCCAGGACUUCAUGAAGAAGUUCAACCAGGUUCUCGGUGAGGACGAGAAGCUCAGAGUCCAGCUAGAGAUGCUCAUCAGCCCGACCUGCUCCUGCAAACAGGCUGAGAUCUGUGUGAGGGAGAUCACUCGGAAGUUGACAUUCCCCAAGCAGCCCACCAACCCAUUCCUGGAGAUGGUUAAAUUCCUGCUGGAGCGCAUCGCUCCCGUCCACAUCGACUCUGAGGCCAUCAGUGCACUGGUGAAGCUGCUCAACAAGUCCAUUGAAGGUACAGCUGAUGAUGAUGAGGAGGGCGUUACCCCCGAUACAGCCAUCCGCGCUGGCCUGGAGCUACUCAAGGUCCUCUCAUUCACCCACCCAACAGCGUUCCACUCUGCAGAAACCUACGAGUCCCUGCUUCAGUGUUUGAAGAUGGAGGAUGAAAAGGUGGCCGAAGCAGCCAUACAGAUAUUCAGAAACACGGGGCAGAAGAUCGAGACGGAGCUACAACAGAUAAGAUCGACUCUGAUUCCCAUCCUGCAUCAGAAAGCCAAACGAGGAACACCUCACCAGGCCAAGCAGGCUGUGCACUGUAUCCAUGCAAUCUUUAACAACAAGGAAGUGCAGCUGGCACAGAUUUUUGAGCCUCUGUCACGUAGUCUGAACGCAGACGUCCCAGAGCAGCUCAUCACUCCCCUUGUGUCCUUGGGUCACAUCUCCAUGCUGGCCCCAGAUCAGUUUGCUUCACCAAUGAAGUCCAUUGUGGCUAACUUCAUUGUCAAGGACCUGCUCAUGAAUGACAGGUCGGUGGGGAACAAGAAUGGGAAGCUGUGGACCACUGAUGAGGAAGUUUCACCGGAGGUCCUAGCUAAAGUGCAGGCCAUCAAGCUGCUAGUGCGUUGGUUACUAGGAAUGAAGAACAACCAAUCCAAGUCUGCAAACUCCACCCUGCGGCUGCUGUCAGCCAUGCUGGUCAGCGAGGGCGAUCUCACAGAGCAGAAGAAGAUCAGUAAGUCAGACAUGUCUCGUCUGAGGCUGGCCGCAGGUGGAGCCAUCAUGAAGUUGGCCCAGGAGCCCUGUUACCAUGACAUCAUCACACCUGAACAGUUUCAGCUCUGCGGCCUCGUUAUCAAUGAUGAGUGCUACCAGGUUCGUCAAAUCUUUGCUCAGAAGUUGCACUUGGCUCUUGUCAAACUGCUGCUGCCCCUGGAGUACCUGGCCGUCUUCGCCCUGUGUGCCAAGGACCCGGUGAAGGAGCGGCGCGCCCACGCCCGACAGUGCCUCCUCAAAAACAUCUCCGUCCGCAGAGAGUACAUCAAACAAAACCCACUCGCUCAGGAAAAACUUGUCUCCCUCCUUCCUGAGUACGUCGUUCCCUACAUGAUCCACCUGCUGGCCCACGACCCAGACUUCACAAAACCACAUGAAUAUGAACAGCUCAAAGACAUCAAAGAGUGCCUGUGGUUCAUGCUGGAAGUGCUGAUGACCAAGAAUGAGAACAACAGCCAUGCCUUUCUUAGGAAGAUGGUAGAAAACAUCAAACAGACAAAGGAUGCGCAGUGUCCCGACGAUGCAAAGGCCAAUGAGAAGCUGUAUAUUGUCUGUGAUGUCGCUCUGUUCGUUAUCGCCAACAAGAGCACUGCAUGUCACCUGGACUCUCCGAAAGACCCUGUCCUACCCUCCAAGUUCUUCCUCAUACAGGACAAGCAGGACUUCAAAAAUGAUAAAGAGUAUCUGACGACAGAGAUGAGACAGAUGCUGCUUACUGGGAAGCCUAAACCAGCUCCGGUGUUGGGAGCUGUGAACAAACCUCUGACAGUACCAGGGAGGAGGAUCUUCACCAAGACCACCACAGCCUCAGACACAGCCAGUAACACCAGCACCAACUCCUCCCCACUGAGCUCCUCAACCAUCAACAAGAACAGCAACGCUGCCACCGAGUCAUCAGAGAGCCGAGCGCAGGAAAACAACGAGAACCCGGUCAUCAAGAAUGACGAGGUCAAGAAGGAGGAGCCGAGUCAGAAUGCGACACCCGACGCCGAGACCGAAGCGUCGCCCGUCAAGCGACGUGGCCGUCCACCCAAGACAGCUGCUGCUGCUCCUGCGGGGGCUGAAAAAGAGGGGGCAGCGGCACCAACGGGGGGUGGAGCUGGCAGAGGCAGGAAGAGAGCAGCCGACCCCAGCUCCAACCCGUCGGCAGAGUCAGUCAACAGCAAGAUGUCAAAACAGCAGAACGAUGAAGGGACAAAGAGACAGAUUGACUUGCAGAGGUAAAGAGGAAACCGGUGAAGGUGAAAUCAAGACGUUAGAGAAAUGGGCCAGCCUCUUCCUCAUACCUUCCCAACCCUACGCACACCGCUCCUCUGACUCUAAAGCUUUCCUGGACACAUUAUGGACCUUUCUUAAAACACACACAUGUACACACACACGCAGACACACACCACUGACAUCCUAGAAGGUUUUAAACACCUUAUAGUUAUAAUUUGAAGCUCAUUGUAUGUAGGUCUUACUCAAAAAAACAUUUUUUUUUCCUUUGUGUUUGUUGCUCUUUGCUUCUUUUGUGGAGCCAUUUUUAAGAAAAAAAAACAGGAUGGACAUUUUACAAACGUUUUAAUCUGGUUAUGAUUGUUGCUUAUUAAAUUCCCUGGGAAAAAUCCUA